ACUCGUCGUCCGGCGCGCGUCCGAAACAUUGGAGUUGGUUCCUCUUGUUUCUUUUGUUAACCCGUUUUCAUACACCAACUAUCCGAUACAAUAUGUCUGGUCUUGCGGAUCCAGUGGCAUUCGCCAAGGAUUUUUUGGCUGGUGGUGUAGCCGCCGCAAUCUCGAAAACGACGGUUGCUCCUAUUGAACGUGUGAAGCUAUUGCUGCAGGUACAGCAUAUCUCUAAGCAAAUUUCUGAAGAACAACGUUAUAAGGGUAUGAUCGAUUGUUUUGUGCGCAUUCCAAAAGAACAAGGAUUCCUCAGUUAUUGGCGUGGCAACUUGGCUAAUGUUAUUAGAUACUUCCCAACACAAGCUUUGAACUUUGCUUUUAAAGACAAAUAUAAGCAAGUUUUCCUUGGUGGUGUUGACAAAAACACACAGUUCCUGCGUUACUUUAUUGGAAAUUUGGCCUCUGGUGGUGCUGCUGGUGCUACAUCUUUGUGUUUUGUUUAUCCCCUUGACUUUGCCAGAACUAGAUUGGCUGCUGAUGUAGGCAAAGCUGGUGGUGAACGUGAAUUCACAGGUCUUGGUAAUUGUCUGACCAAGAUAUUUAAGGCUGAUGGUAUUACUGGUCUUUACCGUGGUUUCGGAGUAUCCGUCCAGGGUAUCAUCAUCUAUCGUGCUGCCUAUUUUGGUUUUUAUGACACUGCCCGCGGUAUGCUGCCAGAUCCCAAAAAGACACCAUUCCUUAUUUCAUGGGGUAUUGCCCAGGUUGUCACAACUGUUGCUGGUAUUGUAUCUUAUCCAUUUGAUACAGUACGUAGGCGUAUGAUGAUGCAAUCUGGUCGCGCAAAAUCUGAAAUUUUGUACAAAAACACUCUUCACUGUUGGGCUACCAUUUACAAAACAGAAGGUGGCAAUGCUUUCUUCAAAGGAGCAUUCUCUAACAUUCUUCGUGGCACAGGUGGUGCACUCGUAUUGGUACUUUAUGAUGAAAUUAAGAAUCUUCUUUAAGAUAUUAUAACGAUCCUCACCUCAUUACCUUCACAACUACAAUUACAACUACCAUCUUUAUUAUCCUUACCAUCCAAUGUAAUACCAGAUCAAGUGGUUUCCAGACUGAAACAGUACACAAGCUGUCGAGAAAAUUGAAAUACACUUUAGAUUAUAAUUCUUUUGGUAGUUUCUUAUGAAAUGCAUGGAGCUCGGCAGAGUAUGUAUUUUGACUUUAGAAGGAAAGAAUUCGCUUAAUUUAUUGCCGGAUUCAGUAUUUUCUUGAAAAGAUUCACAUGUGCCAUAUUUCAUAUUUCAUUUUCGUAAAAAAAAAAAAAAAUAAAGAUAUAUUUAUAUAAAUAUAUCUAUGAAAUUAAUAACAUAAUGGCAAUAUGAAAUAUUUGAUACAUGUGACUACAUAGAAGAUGGUCAGGACAUAAAGUAGUAAAAUUAAUUAUCCAAAAAAGGAAAAAAAAAUAAGCGUAUACAAUUGAGCAAGAGAAGGACGCGCGACGAAAUACCAUUACGGCGACGGCGGGGCGCGUAGACUUGGGCCGCCCCCCGCCCUUAUUCUCGGCCCAUUGUAGAUAAUUAAUAAAUGAUCAUAUUUACGAUAUCAAUGAAGUUCAUCGAGUUUCAGUGAACAGUAAUUUAAUUUCGCACUCCAGACAAAUACGUGUAAGAUAAUGAGAAGCGUUACUUGUAAGUGUAUGCAUCCAAUAUGUUCAUGUUAGGAUGUGUGCAAAGAAAAUAACAAAAUCAAUAAAAAUAAUAAUAAAA